AUGUCAUCAUUCCCAGAGCCCCAGCUCCCCAGGCUGCAGCAUGGUGAUAUCCCAGAGGAGCCCCUGGACACCUCGCAGAGCACAGAGUCUGAGAUCAGCCACCUGUCUCCCCCUCAUAAGGAGAGCAUCGUGGUCACCCUCCACGGGGCCACCGAUCUACCCACCUGCAAGGAUGGCUCCAAUCCGUGGCCCUAUGUGGUGGUGAAAACCACAUCGGAGGAAGCAAACAACCAGACCUCCAAGGCAGUCACAUCUGUGACCUCGAAGCCCACCAGAGACCCCAUCUGGGGGGACACCGUGAAAGUGGAGAUCCAAUCGGAGGACUCGGGGCGGGAAGAUGUGAUCAUCAAGGUGAUAGACAACAGAAAGAAGGAGGAGUUGCUGUCCUACAAAAUCCCCAUCAAGUACCUGCGUGUUUUCCACCCUUACCACUUUGAGCUGGUGUCGCCCGCCCAGUCUGGGAAAGCUGACGAGGACACUGACAAGACCAAACUGUACGCCACGGUCGUUCGGAAAUGUGGCUUCAUCCCACGCUACAUCGGCUGCAACCACACAGCUCUGGAGGUCUUUCUCCGGGGAGUCAACGAGCCCCUCAUCAACAACCCCAACCCCAUGGUGGUGAUUGCCCGGGUGGUUCCCAACUACAAGGAAUUUAAGGCCAGCCAGGUAAACAGGGACGUGGCCUCCGUGGGGCUGCCCAUCACCCCCGUCUCCUUCCCCAUCCCAUCCGUGAUGAACUUUGACGUGCCUCGGGUCAGCCAGAACGGGUGCCCUCAGCUGUCCAAGCCUGGGGGACCCCCAGAGCUGCCCCUGUGGAAUCAGUCCUUCCUCUUCCAAGGCCGAGAUGGAGCCACCAGCUUCUCAGAAGACACAGCCCUGGUGCUGGAGUACUACCCCUCCACUUCAAUGAAAGGCAGCCAGCCGUGGACCCUCACCGAUCCCCUGGGCAUCUCUGUGUUGCCGCUAAAGAGUCGUUUGUACCGGAAGAUGCUGGCAGGGAAAGGCUUGGACGGGCUACGCGUGGCGCAGCUCCCCAUCCUGGACACUAACCUGAAAACCAUAAGCGGUGAGGCCCCCACAGUGGAUCUCUCCUUCCACCUGAUCUCCUCCGAGGGCCAGCAAGCCUCCCGCGUGGGUCACUCGAGGGCCAGCCAGCCAGCAUGCCUGCAGGCAGAGCAGAUGACAGUGAACGGCAAGAGCGUCCUGGGUACCCUCCAGCUUGCAGCCAGCCUCUUUGAAGUGAGGCCCACGCUGGCCGCGUUUCCUGGGCUGACCCAUGUGGAUUGGAGCCUGCCAGCUCCAGAGAAGUCAGUGCCCACGCCCAUGCUUUCUCCUCUUGACAACACUCCUCUUACCGUGUCCUCCAAGACUGUGGGCCACGAUAAGCAUUGCGGAAGUCCAGUGUUUGCUGUUUUAGUGCUUACCAAGGCCGUGAAGGUCCCUUUAGAGCCAGGGUCCAGCUCUGGCACAUCACCAGCCGAGCUUCCCUUCCGUCAUCACACAAUGGCGUUGUCGUCCCCACCAGCCAGGAACGUGGUGAAGCUUGAAUGGGGAGGGUGCGCACAGUGUCCUGCAGACAUGCCGCAAAGGGAGCUCCUGGUGUCGCUCACCCAGGUUGCUGACAAACAUGCUGAAUUCGAGAUGCAGGAAGUGAAGACCUGCCUCCUGGCCUCGGAGCUCCCAGCCCAGGGCUCCCUGGGGAGGGUUCAGGGCCAGCUAAUUGAAUUAAGAGCAUGUGUGCUCCAGCAAGAAGGCUCAGGGCGGGGCAAGAGGCGGGGUGGCCGGAAGGCGGGCAGUUUCAGCACCAAGGACAGCAGCUGCAGCAUGGCUGCCCUAAUGAAGCACGAUAUGCUGCAGCCACGGAGCCAGGGGCCACUUGUCAGCCCCAAGCUGCUCCAGCAGAGGCCGGAAAACUUCUUGACAUCAGACAACAGCAAGGCUUUGCCCACCCUGGACCCGAAGGUCCUGGACGAGAAGCUGGGGACCAUCCGCGAGUCCUGGUCUGACACCACGGUGAGCCCCGUGCCGGGCUCCAGCACACCCAGCUCUCAGGGGGCAGAGGAGGAGCCUCCUGUGCCGGAGACAUACCGCGAGGUGUCCCCCACCUUUCGGACGGCCCUUCCACAUGAUUUUCCAAACAAACCCCUAGAGCACUCACAAGCCCGGGUUCCACCUACUCGUGUAGCCAUCGCCUCAGAAGCCCCUCAGGAGCAUGUCCCCUGCGCCAUGGGAAGCCCCUCUAAGAGAUUCGCUUGA